UCUCUGUUAGCGUCUUUGCAGAAUGCGGAAACGUGUUACUUAAAACAAUUUUGGGGGAAAUGUAUAAUACUUCUAGUGAUGAAUGACGGUUAGGUGAAUGACAGCAAUUGCUACUUGAUAGGCUGAGACAGCUAAGUAACCGGCUUCCUAAUUCACAAACGUUAGUUCACAACAGAGAAUGUAAUUGUGUUCGAUCAAGGGACCAGAGUAAUGUCGGAUUAUUUUGCUAAAAGGUAACAUAGUUAGCAUAGUUUGUGAGCUAACUUGGUGUCAGAUAUAACGCGAUAUCUGGUCAAUCAACUAUAUAAUAACGAAUGCAUCAAAACCACUGGAACGAUUUCUAAGUGAAGGCAUAGUUGUGAAGUUGCGGUUUCGAAAAUGAUUUCACCGAACAGUAUGAACGCCAUUAAUCCUAGGAGUAAUCGGAAACAGGGCAUUCUCAGUACCCCGAUACGUAGUAGUGGUCAGUCUUUCGAACGUAAGGGAGAAAAGACAGAGUCUCUCCAGCCUGUAUUAUGGGAGACAAAAUUAUCAAUUUCCUCCUUGAAAAUCCGUCUCGCACCAACCAUUAAAAACACACUAGCCACUGCAGUGGACUCUCUGUUGAGUGAAGUGGCAGUCGUGCUAGAUGAUGCCUUGACUAAGACUCAGCAGGAAUUGGUGACCCAGGAGCAAGAGAACCAACGACUGAGAUUGCGACUUGAGGUGUCUGAGGGGGAGUUGAAAGUACUACAGGAAUGCCUAUGUAGCGCCCAAAAAAUUCUCGACCAUCGCCCACCGUCCUUGUCGGGCUUAGGGACUCUUGGGCAGCACGGUUUCGCCUCCUCAGCGCCGUCUGCGUGUGGGGGAAAUAACGUUGUGCGCUGUAAUGGUUCCGAAUCAUUUAGCAAUGAAACUGAGGACGAUCGUGACAUCUCCGACCUGCCUAUGUCUAACUCUGAAAAUCGUGGUUCCUUUAUUGAUGCUCUGCAAGGGAUGGACUCUGGAAAAGACCUAAAGGUCUGUCCGCUUUCCAUUCAAGCGGAUGGCACUGUCAGUAGUAAUCUUUUAAACACCUUCAGUACCAGCUCACCCAGCACUUGGUCAGACAUUGCCAGGACAGACAAGUGUGCUGCAGAGCAGAUGGGCCGUCCACGUCUGUUAGAAAAAGAGCCGACCUCAUCGGGGCUGAGGCCCGAGCCCAGGGUGCAAAUCAAACAAGAGCAGGACCAAGGAGCGGGUCUGCAUGGGCGCGGGGCGGCAGGGGAAGGAGGAGGUCCGCUGGCCCCUGAGGCCGAGCAGACGGCUCAGAACGUGGCCGAACUGGGCUACAUUCACGUGGUCGAGGAGGAGGACGCCUCACGGUCACACAGUCGCCCCGUCCAGCUGCAAAAGCCGUCUCAACUGCCCCUCCAAUGGCUGCACAAAGGCGGCGGCGCCCCUUUCUCAGACGGGCUGAAAACCCUGGAGAAACCUCACCCCGGGUCGAGGCUCGGUCAGAUGCCCUCGAGAGGCCCCGUCGGCACCGGGGGGCCCCCGCCGACUGCCGGCCCGGCUACGGAAGGCGGCGAGCGGCCCCACCUCUGCCUGCAGUGCGGCAAGACCUUCCGCCUCAUCUCCAGCCUGAAGAAGCACAUCCGGAUCCACACCGGCGAGAAGCCCUACCCGUGCCCCGUGUGCGGCCGGUGCUUCCGGGAAUCGGGGGCCCUGAAGACGCACCAGCGCAUCCACACGGGCGAGAAGCCCUACACCUGCUCGGAGUGCGGCACCUGCUUCAGGCACCUGGACGGGCUGCGGAAGCACCGACGCACCCACACGGGGGAGAAGCCCUAUGUGUGCGGCAUGUGUGGGAAGCGCCUGAGCCGCCUGCAGCACCUCAAGCACCACCAGCGCAUCCACACCGGGGAGCGGCCCUGCUGCUGCCCGCGCUGCCACAAGAGCUUCAAGGAGCCGGCCGCCCUGCGCAAGCACCUGCGGACGCACCGCGAGGAGCCGGGGGGCGGGGAGACGGCCUCCGAGGACCCGGCCGAGGUCGGGGGCAGCCCCGGCGCCGUCGGCAACGUGAGCCGCCUGCACCACCUCAUGCUCCCUCCGCAGAUGGGGUUUGGGGCGUGGGGAGGCGACGGGGAGGAUGGAGCCAUGAUGAACUGCGUGUAGGGCGAGCGCCCUCUGCCCCUCAGCGAUGGCUAAAUGGUAAACGGUUGGCAUUUAUAUCGCGCCUUUAUCCAAAGCGCUGUUCAAUUGAUGUUUCUCAUUCACCCAUUCACUCACACAGUCACGCACCAACGACAGUUGGCUGCCAUGCAAGGCACCAACCAGCUCGUCAGGAGGAUUUAGGGGUUAGGUGUCUGGCUCAGGGACACUUUGACACACCCAGGGCGGGAUCGAACUGGCAACCCUUCGACUGCCAGAUGACUGCUCUUACCGCCUGAGCCAAUGUCGACACUGUUGACUAGUGUCCCCUUAGUCAACGGUGCAGAUCAAGCUUGAAGACACAGAGUGGAAAGAAGCUGACCCAAGUUUCUGUACAGAACCACUAUGAUUUGUCAUCUUCACAGGUUCUGAGCUUGGAGGACUAUUGAGUAGGUUUGAUUUUAGUCUAUUUUUAAGGUUGUGAAUAUUUUCCCAAAGAGUGAAAUCAGGAAUUAAAGUAUGAAAUGUUUUACCUGCAAGGCUGCAACUUGACAGUUGUAUAUCCUCUUCCUUGUCUUGAAUGUGCAGCCUUAGUCAUUUCCUGCUGUCAGAAUCAUCCUAUUUUAUUUGGCAUAAGAACAUUAACGUCAGUAGAGCUUCAAUUGUCUUAAUAACAACAGUGACUAACAUUUUGUGGGAAACCAUUUCUCCUCUGAAAAUGCUCUUCUGAAAGCUGUUAGUGACAAACUGCCAUGUACUGGUUAGAAUACUAACCUGACUGAAAGUCAAAUCUGAUUCUUAUCAGCUGUUUAGAAAUGGAAAAAAUAUCUACAAAGCAUUGGGAUCAGCUUUGCAUUUUUCAGGACCCAGCAACCCUGGUUCUGGAGAGCCAUGAACCAACUCAUUUCCAGCCCUGUUUACAGCAGCAAUGCUAAUGUGUCAAACCUGAGAAAGGAAUGAUUUUACUUUUUGAUCUUUUUGAUCUGAUCAAACAUAUAUUCGCCCACCUGGAUGUAUACUAUAAAGGGGCAGUAAUUGAGUUAUCUUGAGCCAGCUUUCCAUUUUUGUGAUGAGGGCACUGCAGUUGGUGAAAUGUGGGGUGACUGCUGUAAGAAUCUCCGGUAUGCAGCGGCCUAGAGCAGCAGUGAGAACAGUUGACUCAGCUUAGGUUUGUGGUUUGAAUACCAUGUGGCAUAAAGCUGUUAUACCUCUGA